CAACCCUUGUAGUUCCUAAACAUCUUGCUUUAACCCCAAAGCCUCUUUUUGUUCCCCCCACCUGAAGCGCCUGCAUCAGCCGGAACAUAAAAAUGAACUUCCCCCUAGAUUCUGUUUCGGAUCUUCCUGAUGAUGCCAAGAUGGCCCUAGGCGCCGCCUUGGAGCAGAUGCAAGUGCGGGACAGCCUUAAAAUGUACAACCGGCUCGUCGAGCGAUGCUUCAAGGAGUGCGUAGAGGAUAUGCGCAGCAAGGCCCUGUCGGCCAAGGAGGAGCAGUGCACGGCCAAGUGCUGCGAGAAGUUCAUGCACGUCACGGCGCGCGUUGGCAUGCGGUUCCAAGAGUUCUUCACCCAAAUGGAGCAGCAAGCAGCAGCAGCGGCGGCCUCAGCAGGGCAGGGGAAAUAAGCAGGCGUCGCAGCCUUACCUCCCUCUCAGCAUGGGAAGCCCCUAAAGGAACGGAGGCUGCGUAGUAGGGGGAGCGACAGCUGGCUGUCUAGCUGUACAGCUGCCGGGUUGCAGCUGAGGAGGGACGGGUGGAGGAUGGGUACGAGCAAUCACAGGGAACGUUUGGCAACUAUAGGCGUGUUAGGCCUGGUUUUCACACUUGCAUGUAUGACCGUAACCGUUCGGGGAUGAAUGCAAGCGUUGGGAGCACGUUCCCCGUGUUGUCCCGUUUUCCUAGUGUCGGUAGUACGGUUAUACCAUUAGCAACAGAUAGGAUUGUGUUUGGCUCAUGAACGACGAUUGGCGCCCGUAGCAAACUUUGGGAAAUGAGGGAGCUAUGUUUGCGUCAUGUUGCGUCGAUUCUGUUGGCCUGUGGGACACCUGACGAACCUUGAAGGUACCUGGGUUGACAGAAGGCACGGGCACGGAAGGACGCC